GCCUUUUCGACAACGAUGGAGCGGGUGUCGUCCACGGUGUCGCGAAGCCACCCUCGUUCAUCUUCUUUGUGGAUGUUCUUCUUGUGCUAUGUCAUCCUGAUCACGUCGAGUGGAAUCGAUGCGCAGGUGACCGCCGCCGACUCGACCGAUUCAUGCUGUGCCACGUGCCUCGCCCAGCCCAGAGUUGGCAGUGCCGACGCCUUGGACUUUACGGCGUGCGCGGCGGCUCAGACCACGUGCUGCUUUGACAAGACAUGCCAGCCAGCCACGUUUGGGCCGCCAACGUACGACCUCACGCUCAUGACGUUUGCCGACACGGAGACGCGGUUUCCCGCGGGCAAUUGGUUGCGGAUGCAAUGGACGACGGCAGUGGAGGUCAAGUACCUGGCGUUAAAGACUGGGCAACCCAAAACCACCCAAGUGACCAACGCCAGUGUGGCCGCCACGCCCAAAGGCGGCGGGUUCUUCUUUGUCUGUCCUGCCCUCGAAGGCAAGCUGUACCUUCGGGCGUUUGCCCACAACGGCUGCACUGCGUCCAACGAACUCUCCAUCACGAUUACAGCGGGCAACGGAUCCACGUGCUCGGAAGACGUGCCGACGGCGCCGAUUCAGUCUGGCGACUGUGACGCCGUGCGAGGCGCCAUGUUGAAUGGGGUGUGCACAUGCUUGGAAGACUUUGCAGGGCCUCCGCAAUGCCUGAGCAAUUCAUUCUGGAAGCGAUGGGGCCAGAUCAUCACGUAUGCGGCGGGCGGGCUGUCGACGAUCACGGCCAUGUUUGGGUUUUACCGAUUUUAUAAGAUGCGCCAGGCGACCAAAGACAACAACCGACGCUCCGUGAUGGCGGCGGCGGCGACCACCCCCCUUCCCACCAACCACCCGACUGGCAGGUCCACCUCCCCUCAAUACACGGACGCCGUCCACAUGACCACACCGCCCGUCCCGACCAAGAAGCAGCUCUCCUUCAGGGACUUCCAUCAUGUGCCCACAUCACAACAUGCUCCUCUGACCCAGGUCAGGUUGGCCGUUUUGAGCUCCAUGGACGACAGGCAGCAUCGUGCUCCUUCUCCUCUCCGGUACGACGACGACGAAGAGUCGCUGAGGUCGUCCGUGUCGGACGGAGUGCUCCUCGCUGGCUACCACCAUGAUGCCGAAACCGCCGACGGCCGGACGUCGCACGAGUUUACGUUGUAGUACCAUGUGUAGUUGGACAUCACAGCGGGGUUCAUGACUAAUGAGUGUGUGAUU